CGGCCCCCGUUUUGCGCAGGCGCGGCAGCGGCCCACAGCACCUCUGGAGCUAGGGGUCCGUCCGGCGUCCCACAGCUCCAGAGCCGAGUCUAGCCGUCUGCGCACCUUCGCGGUGACACAGGUUAAACCGCGCCCCCAGUCCGCGGUCGGGCCUGGGCCGCAGUCCUUCCGGCCCUCCGGCUGAGUCCCGCCAGCUGCUGCUGCCGCGAUAAGAACUCCCGUUCUGACCGAGGGGCGCCGGGGCCAAAGAGGCAGAGUGGCCGUGGCCGUGAGACAGACCAGCCUGGGAGCCAGAUGAGCAGAGAGAUCUGCGUGCACUCCUGGCCUUGCUCCUACUACUUAGAACCGGAGAAGCAAUGGGUUUCUGGAAAGCUUUUGUUGACAUCGCACUCCCUGAGAUUUGCAGCUGAUAAAACUGGGGAGGCCCUAGUCAGCUUCCCCCUGUCCAGUGUGAUUGAGAUCAAGAAGGAGGCUUCUCACUUUGUCUUCAGUUCCAUCACUGUGCUGGAGAAGGACCACGUCAAGCACUGGUUCAGCUCCUUGCAGCCCAGCCGGAAUGUGGUCUUCAGCAUCAUCGAGCAUUUCUGGAGAGAGUUGUUGCUGUCUCCGGCAGAAGUGCCGAUGCCUGCGACUAAGGGGAAGCAGCUGACAGGUCUGAUGGCCUGUUCCCAGAAGCGCCUGGAAGAGACCGCCCGUGUCCUCCACCAUCAGGGUGAGCAGCUGGACAGCAUCACCAGGGGCCUGGAGAAGAUGGACUCUGACCUGGAUGUGGCUGACAGGUUGCUGACAGAGCUGGAGUCCCCUUCUUGGUGGCCCUUUAGCUCCAAGCUUUGGAAGAUGCCGGCAGAAUCGAAGCCCAAGAAAGGCACCGCAACGGCUGGUCCCAAAGCGCUUGGAAAAGAAGGGGUGGUGGUCCGAAUUCCUGCUGUUGUCACCCAGGGGACUGGGUGUCAUGUUAAAGCAGGAAGUCUCACCCUCCUUGUGUCGGGGUUGGAAAUCCAUGACGCAAGCUCUUUGCUCAUGCACAGAUUUGAAAGAGAAGAUAUAGAUGACAUUAAGGUUCACACGCCUUAUGAAAUUAGCAUUCGCCAGCGGUUCAUUGGGAAGCCAGACAUAGCUUAUCGCCUAAUAUCCGCCAGGAUGCCAGAGGCUCUCCCCAUUUUGGAGGUGCAGUUCAGCCAGAAGAUGGAGUUGUUAGAAGGCGCCUUGAUGCCCAAAAGUGCCAGAAUGUCUUCCCCAGCAGAGAAGGGCUGCACCGUCUGGCAGGCGGCAUCUGGGCUUAUGGACCGUGCUGUGCACCGCGAGCCCUGCUUGGCGAGCCAGGAGGCCCAGCUGCUUCCACCGCAGAUGAGUGAGCCAUUGGUUUCCGAGGGGGAUGCCCAGGAGCUAAGACAGAUCCUGAGGAAGCUGAAGAGUCUCGCCCUGGACACGGAGACAGAGCUGGAGAGGCAGGAUGAGGCCCUGGACGGCAUCACUGCGGCCGUUGACCGGACCACCUUAACCAUCGACAAGCACACCCGACGUGCCAAAAAACUGACCUAGCACAGGGGAGCGAAAAAGUGACUGGUUUUGAUGACAGUCACUGCCCUGAGUACUUUGUUCUCAGUACCUGCACGCGGGAGUCACCCCAGGGGCUCGUUAGUAGUCAGAGGCUGUGUGCCAGAAGGCACAGGCUUGCCUCAGGGUGGAGGGCUUGUGUGAUGUGACCCGGAGCACAGCACAUGCAGGAAGGAGGAGGCCCCGGAGAGGGGAGUUCUGCCUGCAUAUCCAGCAGGCCACCCCCUAGCCCCACACCCACUAUGGUCGCCCCAGUUCCUUCUUCCCCUGCAACCUGUAGGCCCCAGCUCCCUUCUCCCCUGCCUUCUGCAGGUCCCUGCUUCUCGAGGGCCCCAGUUCCUUUUCCCCGCUGCCUCCCACGGGCCCCAGCUCCUUACUCCCCUGCUUCCCUGGUCCCCAGAUCCUUUUCCCACGCCCCCCCUCAACAACCUGCAGGCCCUAGCUCCCUUCUGCCCCCCUGCCCGCAGACCUCAGCUGCCUUCUCCUCUGCCUCCCACAGGCUCCGGCUCCCUUCUCCCCUGCUCCCUGCAGGCCGCAGCUCCUUCUGACCCCUUCCCUGCGGGGCACAGCUCCUUCUGCCCUGCUCUAGGCAGGCCCAGGCUCCCCAUUCAUACUUGAGCGCUUCAGAGGGUCAGCAGCAGGACAGCCCUUCCCUGCAAGGCCGGCUGCACACAGUACUCAUUGACUGCUUUGCAUGGCCAGCAUCCCCACUGGCUGAAUUGUCUUCUCUUUCUGUUCUUGCUAGCUGUAAAAGGGCAGUAUAAAUCUCUGUGAAAGAAAUGUGCUGAUUUCUGAGUCCGCCCAUCUGGACCCUGCCUUCUGUGUUCAUAGAACUUCUUCUCCAGGACCAUGUUGAGGCCCAAGCCUGCCUCCCAUCUGAGGCUACUCUGCAUGUGCCCCUCCCUAGUCGCAGGUUCUGGUUUUCUCUGACAGAGAGGCUGGUUUCUUGUUGGUCAGACUGUGACUUUUUACCUGAAGUCCAGUAUGUCUCAAAGUUGUCCUGCGAACACUGGGAUAUUCUUUUCACUGCUCACCUGUAGCCAAGUGUGAAGAUAAUACAUAUUGUACCUAUUUUAAAAA